ACUCGGAGGCAAACAGCCGCCGCCUCCUCCACCGCCACACCGGCUGCUCCUCCUCCCCUCUGGCCGCUGCAGGGCACCGCAGGGCGGGGAACGAUCGGUGGAAGAGGACGGGGCGACAGCUGCUGUGAGCGAAAACAAUCCCCUCUGCUGUCCUCGCUGAUCCCUGACAUCGCUGAGAGGAUCUCUGCUCCAGUCUGAGCCGCAGGACAGCAGCAUGAACCGCAGCAGAGGAGGACAAGCAGGAGGAGGAGAAGGAGGAGGAGGCUUCCUCACCAUGUUUUUCUCCCUCUGUUUAAUUUGGACCCAGCUGCUCAUCCCAGAGUAUUUGGCCGGAGGCUCCUUCCCUACUCCUCAGCCGGGUCGCCUCGCUCCAUCUCUGUACCCCCAUAGAGAGCAGAACGAGCUGCCAGAGUCCCGCUCCCACCUCCAUCGCCACCAUCAGCGCCACCAGCACCACCACCGUCACCCCGAGCGGCCCGCGUCUCGACGUCAGCCGGAGCUGGGCGCCCGGCGAAGCCUGGACCUGCUGGAACAGCUGCAUCAGGAUGUGGAACCGGAUCACUUUGGCUGGCAGGUUGUACCCGGUGAAAACGUGAUCACCAUGUACCUGGCUGUCGGUGUGAGGAGGCUGAACAUCAGUCACCUUCUGUGGUUUCGGGACGGUGUGGCGGCGGCGCUCGGUGUUUCUCCCCAACACGUUCACAUCAACAAGCUGAAUGCAAGAAACGGCAUCGAGCUCUUCGUGUCCUCUGAGAGGCGGGACAUCUUUGAGCUCCGCCCUGCUAAGGAGGUUGUCCAAUCACUGAACCGCAGCGUUCUGCACCACCAUCUGGCCGACUUCGGCAUCAUAGAGGUCAAACCAGAGUGCUGCAGAAACAUCCCAGACUCCUCGCCUUCAUCUCCAAAGAAGAACGUCCUGCAGGACGAGCAGAGGGAUCACGUAUGGAGCAGAGACGGCCUCUACAACGUUAUCCUCCUCUUCACCUUCUUCCUCAUCAUCAUCACCUGCUUGAUGGUUUUGUAUCGAAUGAAGCAGAAGGUUCCGGUCACUGAGAAGCAUCUUAAAGCUCCGCCCCCAGACCACCACGUGAGCCUGAGGAUCCCCCCUGAGCCCGCCAAGAGGUCAAAGGGCACCAAGGCUGCGACGUCAGAAAGCAUGGUCCAAUCUGAGCUCCCGCCAGCUGUAGCCACGCCCACUCACCAGCAGCAGCCAGUGGUCGCCUGCCGCCGCCUCGCUCCUCCUGUCACCCCUCUGCCGAGCCCCGCCCCCGUGCCUCUAAUUAACGCUGACAGCCACUCCCACCCAAGCAGCGCUCCCCCGGUGACGCCCGCUAACGAUCUAAAGCCCUGCCCCUCCCCCUUCAGGAUGAAACCUGCUGCAGGCCUGCAAGAAAGACGGGGCUCUAACGUGUCUCUGGUGCUGGACAUGUCGGCCCUCGGCUCGGUGGAGCCCCUCAAUGUCGCUGUGGUGACCCCCAGAGAGGCAGCCGCCAGAGAGUACCUGCUGUCAGCCGGACGGCCGCUGACAAGGCAGCAGCUCCGAGACGUCGUCAGCAACACGCACAAGCUGCAUGUAGAGUUCGCUGAAAUACCGAUGAAUUUUAUUGAUCCCAAGGAGCUGGAUAUUCCAAACCACGGCACUAAGAACAGAUACAAGACCAUCCUGCCCAAUCCUCAUUCCAGAGUUAUCUUGAAGUCAAAGAUCUGCAAUGACCCGCUGGGCUCCUACAUCAAUGCUAACUACAUACGGGGUUACCUAGGCGACAGCAGGGCCUUCAUCGCCACUCAGGGUCCCAUGGUGAACACGGUGAAUGACUUCUGGCAGAUGGCGUGGCAGGAGGAGUCGCCCGUCAUCGUCAUGAUCACCAAACUGAAGGAGAAGAACGAGAAGUGUGUCCUGUACUGGCCGGAGAAGCGGGGCAUCUACGGGAAGGUGGAGGUGCUGGUGAACGGCGUCAGAGAGUGCGAACACUACACGACCCGAAACUUGUCUCUGAAGUGUGGGAAUCAAACCCGCGUUCUGCAGCAUUACUGGUACACGUCGUGGCCCGACCACAAAACCCCGGACUCGGCGCUGCCGCUGCUGCAGCUCAUGGGAGACGUGGAGGCCGACAGACGUGCCGCCGACUCCGUGGGACCAGUUAUAGUCCACUGCAGUGCUGGGAUUGGCCGGACGGGAUGCUUCAUCGCCACGACGAUAGGCUGCCGGCAGCUGCUGGUGGAGGGGGUGGUGGACGUGCUGAGCAUCACCUGCCAGCUCCGAGCAGACAGAGGAGGUAUGAUUCAAACAGGGGAGCAGUACGAGUUCGUCCAUCACGCUCUGAGUCUGUAUGAGGCCCAGCUGUCAGCAGAAACUGGCCAGUGAGACCCCCCCCCGCCCUGCCGUGGGACCCCGAGUGUUUACAGAAACAUCUGAUGAGCGUUGGUUCUCUCUCUGGGUGAGACUCCUGGACGUUAGUGGAUGACAAACUGUGGAAGCUGUGUGCAGAGAAAAAGGAGAAGGUAAAUUUCAGCUUCUGGGAUGUACCCGUUCUUCUUCUUCUUCUUCACCGGAUGUUUAGUUGCCGAUCAGUGACACUCCAUGGACGUCUGUCACCCGGCGGACCUUGGGAAGGUUGACAUUGUUUUCUAACCCUGUGUGACACGUGUCUCUGUGUCCCAUAGGAUUUUCAAUUCUUUUGUAACGUGUGAUGUUCUUAUCAGCAAUCUUGGAAAACGACUGUUAACUGAUUGCACCUUUAGCUUUAGCUGCUCUAGAAGUAUUUAAUGGUCCGCCGUGUGUGUGACCCCGACCAGCAGCAUUUCCCUGGAAUCUCAUCCCUUAGAUUUUCCUAAUAUAAGUCUGGAAAACGUCACGUUUAACAAGUGGUUUAUUUUAAGAAGUGAUUUCAAUGUUCCAAAUAUGAAGCUUCAUUUAAAGUCAGACAUUUUGGCUGCUCUACGUUAAUAACUCUGUUUUUAUUUUACUAUGCGUUUUUUUUUUUUUUUUUAAAUACAAUAUGGAAGUAAAAUGAUAAUCAAGAAUUUGACGGAUCAGAAAAUGUCCAAUCAGGUCCAGAGUUUUAUGAUAAACUGCCAGACAAUCCAAAUGUCCUGCUUGAAACCAUUUAAAGAUACCUUUCAGUUUAAAGUUUUCCUCUUAAUAUGAUGGUUUAAAACUUAAAAAUGCAACUAAAAUGCCUAAAAAGUCUCAGUUUAAGCACUGAAUUUAUUCUUUAAUCACAUUUUCUUUUUAAAAAAACUGACAAAAAAAUAGUUUGGCACCUAAUGGAGGAUAAACUGCACACAUGUAAAGGUUUGAGAAACAAUGUCAGAUCAGAGUGUAGCACCAUUUCUGUCUU